AUGGAGUGCGCCCUCCUGCUCGCGUGCGCCCUCCCCGCCGCCCGCUCGGGCCCGCCGUGGGGGCCGGCGGGACGGGGGCGCGUGGCCAAGGCAGGUGCCCGGCGGGGAGGCGCCGAUGGCGGGUGGCCGGGGACCCCAGCCCCGCCGCGCCCCUCACGCACGGUGUCACCUUUUCUCUUGCAGGCGCUCCAGCUCUGCUGCCUUUGCUGUGCGUCGGUCGCCGCAGCCUUAGCCAGUGACAGCCGAGGCGGCGGCGGCGGCAGCGGAUUAAACCACGAUUACGUCUUUGUCACGCCGGUAGAAGUGGACUCGGGCGGGUCAUAUGUUUCACACGACAUUUUGCACAACGGCAGGAGAAAGCGGUCGGCGCAGAGUGCCAGCAGCUCCCUGCAUUACCGAUUUUCAGCAUUUGGACAGGAACUGCACUUAGAGCUUAAGCCCUCGGCGAUCUUGAGCAGUCACUUUAUUGUCCAGGUACUUGGGGAAGAUGGUGCUUCAGAGACUCGGGAACCCGUGGUGCCAAAAUGUUUCUAUCAGGGAUUUAUCAGAAACGACAGCUCGUCCUCCGUCGCUGUGUCUACAUGUGCCGGUUUGUCAGGUCUCAUAAGGACACGAAAAAAUGAAUUCCUCAUCUCGCCAUUACCUCAGCUCCUGGCCCAGGAACACAACUACAGCUCCUCUGCAGGCCACCAUCCUCACGUGCUAUACAAAAGGACUGCCGAGGAGAAGGUCCAGCGUUGCCAUGGCUACCUGAGCUCCAGCGGGAACUCUGCUGGUCACCCCCCAAGUCGCACUCCCCACACAACUUGGAGUCCAGAAAGAAAACAUCACCAUGGAAGGUUGCAAAAGCAGCAUUUUUGUGGACGACGCAAGAAAUAUGCCCCUAAGCCUCCCACAGAGGAUACCUAUCUCAGGUUUGAUGAAUACGGGAGCGCAGGGCGGCCCAGAAGAUCAGCUGGAAAGUCACAAAAAGGCCUAAACGUGGAAACCCUUGUGGUAGCAGAUAAGAAAAUGGUGGAAAAGCAUGGCAAGGCCAAUGUCACCACGUACAUUCUCACGGUCAUGAACAUGGUUUCCAGCCUCUUUAAAGAUGGGACCAUUGGAAGUGAUAUAAACAUUGUUGUAGUCAGCCUUAUUCUUCUGGAACAAGAACCUGGAGGAUUAUUGAUCAACCAUCAUGCAGACCAAUCUCUGAAUAGUUUUUGUCAGUGGCAGUCUGCCCUCAUUGGAAAGAAUGGCAAGAGGCAUGACCACGCCAUCUUACUCACGGGAUUUGAUAUCUGUUCCUGGAAGAACGAACCAUGUGAUACUCUAGGGUUUGCCCCCAUCAGUGGGAUGUGCAGUAAGUACCGAAGUUGUACCAUCAAUGAGGACACGGGACUUGGUCUGGCCUUCACCAUCGCUCAUGAGUCAGGGCACAAUUUCGGCAUGGUUCACGAUGGGGAAGGCAACCCCUGCAGGAAGGCGGAAGGCAACAUCAUGUCCCCCACGCUGACCGGAAACAAUGGGGUGUUCUCAUGGUCCUCGUGCAGCCGGCAGUAUCUGAAGAAAUUCCUCAGUACACCUCAGGCUGGGUGUCUGGUGGAUGAGCCCAAGCAAACAGGACAGUAUAAAUAUCCGGACCAACUACCAGGACAGAUUUAUGAUGCUGACACACAGUGCAAGUGGCAAUUUGGAGCAAAAGCCAAGUUAUGCAGCCUUGGUUUUGUGAAGGACAUUUGCAAAUCACUUUGGUGCCACCGAGUGGGCCACAGGUGUGAGACCAAGUUCAUGCCUGCCGCGGAAGGGACCGUUUGUGGCUUGAGUAUGUGGUGUCGGCAAGGCCAGUGUGUCAAGUUUGGGGAGCACGGGCCUCGGCCCAUCCACGGCCAGUGGUCCGCCUGGUCGAAGUGGUCAGAGUGUUCCCGAACGUGUGGUGGAGGCGUGAAGUAUCAGGAGAGACACUGCAAUAACCCCAAGCCUCAGUAUGGUGGCAAGUUCUGUCACGGCCCCAGCCGUGUAUAUCAGCUGUGCAAUAUUAACCCUUGUAAUGAAAAUAGCUUGGAUUUUCGAGCCCAGCAGUGUGCAGAAUAUAACAGCAAACCUUUCCGUGGAUGGUUCUACCAGUGGAAACCCUAUACGAAAGUGGCAGAGGAAGAUCGAUGUAAGCUGUACUGCAAGGCUGAGAACUUUGAAUUCUUUUUUGCCAUGUCCAGCAAGGUGAAAGACGGAACUCCUUGCUCCCCGCACAAAAAUGAUGUUUGCAUUGAUGGGAUUUGUGAACCAGUGGGAUGCGAUCAUGAACUUGGCUCUAAAGCAGUUUCAGAUGCCUGUGGUGUUUGCAAAGGUGACAAUUCAACUUGCAAGUUUUAUAAAGGCCUGUACCUCAACCAGCACAAAGCGAACGAAUAUUAUCCGGUUGUCACCAUCCCACCGGGCGCCCGCAGCAUCGAGGUCCAGGAGCUUCAGAUAUCCUCCAGUUACCUCGCCGUCCGAAGCCUCAGUCACAGGUAUUACCUCACAGGGGGCUGGAGCAUCGACUGGCCAGGGGAGUUCGCCUUCGCAGGGACUGUGUUUGAGUACCAGCGCACCUUCAACCACCCCGAACGCCUGUCCGCUCUGGGACCCACCAAUGAGACCCUGGUCUUUGAAAUUCUGAUGCAAGGCAAAAAUCCGGGGAUAUCUUGGAAGUAUGCACUUCCCCAGGUCGUGAAUGGAACUCAGCCAGCCUCAGAAAGACACAGCCACACCUGGAGUACAGUGCAGUCAGAUUGCUCCUUCUCCUGUGGUGGAGGCUACAUAAGUGUCAAGGCCAUUUGCUUACGGGAUCAAAACACUCAAGUCAAUUCCUCAUUCUGCAAUGCAAGAGCCAAGCCAGCAACUGAACCCAAAAUGUGCAAUGCCUUCUCCUGCCCUGCCUACUGGAAGCCAGGCGAAUGGAGCGCGUGCAGCAGGUCAUGUGCGGGGGGCCAGCAGAGCCGGAAGGUCCAGUGUGUCCAGAAGAAGCCCUUCCAGAAGGAGGAGGCAGUAGUGCAUUCUCUCUGCCCAGUGAGCACACCCACUCAGGUUCAAGUCUGCAACAGCCAUGGCUGCCCUCCAGAAUGGAGCCCUGGGCCCUGGUCUCAGUGUUCUAAGACCUGUGGGCGAGGGGUGAGGAAACGUGAAGUCCUGUGUAAAAGUUCUGCGACGGUAGAGGACGUCCCUGAGAGCUGGUGUGCCAGCAGCCCGAGACCAGAAUCGCAGGAGGGCUGCGUCCUAGGACGAUGUCCCAAGAACAGUCGGCUCCAGUGGGUCGUCUCUUCGUGGAGUGAGUGUUCCGCUAGCUGUGGUUUGGGGGUGAGGAAGAGGGAAAUGAAAUGCAGCGAGAAGGCCUUCCAGGGCAAGCUGAUAACCCUCCCUGAGCGACGGUGCCGCAAUAUUAAGAAACCAAACCUGGACUUGGAAGAAACCUGCAACCGAGGGGCGUGUCCAGCCCGUCCAGUGUACAGUAUGGCAGCUGGGUGGUAUUCAUCGCCAUGGCAACAGUGCACGGUGACCUGUGGAGGAGGGGUCCAGACCCGAUCAGUCCACUGUGUUCAGCAGGGCCGGCCUUCCUCCAGUUGUCUGCUCCGGCAGAAACCUCCAGUGCUACGAGCCUGUAAUACAAACUUUUGUCCAGCUCCUGAGAAGAGAGAGGAUCCAUCCUGUGUAGAUUUCUUCGGCUGGUGUCAUCUUGUUCCUCAGCAUGGUGUCUGCAACCACAAAUUUUACGGCAAACAAUGCUGCAAGUCAUGCACAAGGAAGAGCUGAUCUUGACACCCUUCCAGCCCGGAAGGGCCAGGGUCUUACCUCCCAAACUCCGGAGAGACCAGCCACAUUUCCAUCGAAAGCUGAACACUGCAGACCACGUGUGAGCUGACCGCAGUGUUGGAGGGGCCCGCUCUCAAGUACAGACAGGCUCCUUUUUCAGUUCCCCAACGCACAUGGUACUCAGAAGCACUUGAACAUGGGAAGCGAUGACAAAUCUGAUUUACAAGAACAUAAAACAAAGACAGAACAGCUUUGAUUUGCACUGUUACACGCAAGAAGUGAUGACUUACAAUGAGAUAGGACAAAUUUUGACAAAGUGAGACUCUUGUUAACUUUGGGACAGACCCCCCCUGUGAACCUCAGAGGGUUCCAUGACCAAGACGUCAGUUUUGAAAAGGCCCUUUAAGACUUCAAGUCAAAGACUAAGACUUGGAGCAAUCAAACGUGGACGGAACACGCUGCCUAACUUCCUUGGAGCUCACAGUUUGACCGAACUGUGGACACCCCAAACCAGAAGUUAUACAAACGCCAAAUGGUGCUCGUGAUUGUGCUUGCUGCUGGACUAGCAAGCUUCAUGUCCUGUUUAUUUGGUGUGUGUGCGUGUGUGUGUGUGUGUGUGUGUGUGUGUGUUGUUUUUUAUUAUUUUGUUUAAAGUAUAUUCUGCUUAUAGAGAGUCUCCAAGACUAAAAUUCACAACUUGAAAAGGAAUAUUCUGAAAACAGGGCAACAUGAACUAUAGUUAAGAUCGCCACUUCAUUGAAAUUCACACUCUGAAAAAAAGGAAAAAAAAAAAAACCACACAAAACACUGUUGCCCUACACACUCUAUCAACCUCAUAAUUUUUGGUGCUAGUCGAACAAGUACUCAGGAGCCUCAAGUCUGCUCUUUGGGAAUCACAAUUGGUGAGAUGUUCAUUUCUGGUAAAAAUCUAAGGGGAGCUAAAUAGCAAAACAGCCCUGGUUUGAAGGAGAGGAAAACAUCAUUUAUAAUGCUCCCUACAUAUUAUCAGAGAUGCUUGGAAAAUUAAAGGCCGCUUGUGGUUUUUUUCCUACCAACUGACAUGUUUAAAUUUGCCCUAGGAUUUAGUUAACAAGAAAAAAGUCACAGUACAAUAGAAAAAUCCAUCUGUCUUCUUGCUAUGUGAAUAUUAAUAAAUCAUAAUAUGCCAAGACCCUUCAACGAAUAAGAGUGUUUUAUAAUCUUUCAGAUCAUAUUUUCAGUAUUCAGAAGCCAGCUGUUGGUAGGCACUAAUGAGCUUAAAAUUGUGCUCAACUGGAAAAAUACCACACUAUUUUGCCAAAACCAAAGUAACUUACAAGACUGUGUCCUUCUGUAAUUUUUUGAGAUGUGGUUAUUAAGGGCAUAUUUAUAUAAUUCUACUCUAUUCCUCAAUGUCUUUGAUGAAUGUAACCCAAUUUUACUGCUUUAAAAAGUCUCAAUUCAAACAGGGAUUUGCCAGCUCAGCACAACCAACUAGACAGUGGUUCGUUAAAUUGAGAGCAUCCUUUGUUCCGUUCUAAUUAGAAUCAUGCAUUCUCAGAUCUCAGAGAAAUAAUGAUUAGAAUAUUCUCUCAAUCUCCUUGGCUUGGCCGAGAAUAAUGGCCAUUUUAUCAUUAAAAAAUAUAUAUAUAGUGCCACAUCACCACCCCCUUGCCCUCUGAAAAACUGCAAGUUGUUUCUUUAUAUAAUUAUCAUUUUAUUAUUUUAUGGAAAAUUAAUUUAUUAAUUAAUAGC